UCAAUCCCAUAAAAUAUGGUCUUGGAAACCCUUAAAUGGGAACUUGUGCUUGCUAGAGCUCAUUCAUUUCUAUUCAUGGAAAGAUCAAACAUGAGUUGCUUUGCAGAGAGAAAGGCACACGCUGUGUUCACUCCAUAUCCACUUCAAGGACAUAUAAAUCCCUUGUUCAAACUAGCGAAGUUGCUUCAUCUCAAAGGCUUUCACAUAACCUUUGUCCACACUGAAUACAACCACAAACGUUACCUCAAAUCAAGGGGUUCUAAUGCCCUUCAGGGUCUCCCAGAUUUUCGCUUUGAAACCAUCCCAGAUGGUCUUCCUCCUCUGGAUGACGAUGGUGAUGGUGAUGUUAGUCAACACAUACCCUCUCUCUGUGACUCUAUCAGAAAGAACUUCCUCCAACCCUUUCGCCAACUUCUUGCUAGACUCAACCACUCUGCAACUACUGGUCUCAACCCCCCAGUUACCUGCUUGGUUUCUGACUGUUUCGUCUCUUUUCCUAUUCAAGCGGCUCAAGAACUUGGAAUCCCUGUCCUUCUCCUUUCCCCACUCAGUGCUGCUGCAUUCUGGUCUUUUAUGCACUAUCGUACUCUCGUUGAAAGAGGAAUCGUACCCCUCAAAGAUGAGAGUUAUCUGACAAACGGAUAUUUAAACAACAAAGUGGACUGCAUUCCAGGUCUGGAAAAUUAUCGGCUGAAGGACCUGCCGGACUUUAUGAGGACAACAGAUCCAAAUGAUGUAAUGUUAAACUUUUUCAUCGAAGAAACUGCUAAAAUUCCCAGCGGUUCUGCUGUUGUUUUUAAUUCUUUUGAUGAACUUGAAAGGGAUGCAAUGAAUGCUAUCUACUCUUCCUCUAUAUUCCCUUCUGUUUACACCAUUGGUCCUUUCCCUUUACUUUUGAAUCAAAGUCCGCAAAAGCACUUGGCGUCUUUAGGUUCCAGCCUCUGGAAGGAAAACACCGAGUGUCUUGAGUGGCUUGAAUCCAGAGAAUCUGGAAGCGUGGUUUAUGUGAAUUUUGGCAGCAUCACAGUUAUGACUGCAGAGCAAAUGUUGGAGUUUGCUUGGGGUUUGGCAAACAGCAAGAAACCGUUUUUGUGGAUCAUUAGGCCAGACCUUGUGAGUGGGGGUUCCGUGAUUUUGUCAUCAGAGUAUGUGAAUGAAACUAGAGACAGAAGCCUGAUAGCAAGCUGGUGUCCACAGGAGAAAGUGCUGAACCAUCCUUCGGUUGGUGGUUUCUUGACUCACUGUGGAUGGAACUCGACCACUGAGAGUAUUUGUGCCGGGGUACCAAUGUUGUGUUGGCCAUUUUUUGCAGAUCAGGCAACAAACUGUAGAUACAUGUGCAGUGAGUGGGAGAUUGGGAUUGAGAUUGAUAACAGUGCGAAGAGAGAAGAGGUGGAGAAGGUGGUGAAUGAGUUGAUGGUUGGGGAGAAGGGAAAGAAGAUGAGAGAAAAGACGAUGCAACUGAAGAAGAAAGCAGAGGAGGUUACAAGACCCGGUGGUAGUUCAUACGUAAACUUGGACAAAAUAAUUAAGGAGGUGUUGCUUAAGCACAACACAUCAUUCGAUUGAAGGGUUUUUUUCUAAUUCGUAAUGUUGUACUGUAAUAAUAAUUCAUUCCUUUAGAAUUUGUGGCAAUGUUAUAGAAAUAAUGCACCGAUUA